ACAACGCUCUGUUCAGCCCAAAAGUGAGCUAAAGCGAAAGCAGAUAGAAAUUCGCGUCCGAUAUUUCGUUGUGAAACGCAGGAAAACAGUAGUUUAUACCACUAGUAUGUGAUAAUUUCUUACAAAGCGAACAUGGCUUACAACAAACAAAUAGAAGAUGAGGAAAUCACCCAGCUUUGUGGUCGAAUACUUGAAUACAAGAUCGGGGCUUACGAGGAGUUCCAUGAUGCAUUGGCUGGCGAGAUGGAAGGUUGUCGCCUGAAUGCUGCACUGUUUGGUAUGACUGGCUCAGGAAAAUCAGCUCUGAUUAACACUAUAUUCAGGUCACUAGGCAUUACACUGGAGCCGGCUGUAACUCAGAGCACUGGAAAGGAAGGUACGACGAUUUUGGACAGUUAUGUUGUUCCGGGAACCCAAUUUACGCUUUACGACACGCGUGGAUUCUUCGAGUUAGACAAGGCGGAAGAAGGAGAGCUGUUUCGCAUUUUAUAUGGAAUUGAGCGACCAGGAGACAAUUUGACCCGAGAUUACACGAGCACUAAUAAGGCAGAAGCCGCUGGAGCUGCUGCUUGCAGACUCGAGAAGCCGCCAAUAGCUGACCAGAUGCACGUGAUAUUGUGGGUUAUAAAAGCUAAUGAUAUCAGAUUUCAAACGGGAAAAUACCGAGAAAUCAUCAAGUUUGUUCAAUACCAGCUGAGAAAAGCAACAAUCAAGAUCAUCACCGUCAUCACAUUUGAUGACGAAAUCGCGAAAAAGCCGAAUGCCGAUGAAGAAAGAGAGAGGCUGAAGGAAGCAGCUAUUGAAGUCACUGGAAGCGACAAGAAAAACGGCGUGUUUAUGAUCGCCAACUCAGUGCGCGGACAAGAAUAUGAUUCAGUUUACAAGAAACGCGUGCUGGAGAUGCUGGAACAAGCAGCUAAGUGCGGAGAGCGAUCCAUAAGGAUGCGACAAACUACAAGAGAAAGCCCCAAGAAGCAGACACGGCAUUCCGAUUCUGAUGCUGGUGUCAAGUGCCCUGUAGAAAACACCGAGGAACCAGACUAUCCUGGUAAAAAAUGGUGGUCACUGCCACCAGACUUCCCUCACUGAAUGAAGUCUUGAAAACUAGCCUGUGUUACGGACGGAAAUUUAAUUCUAAUGAAUAAACACGGAACGUACAUUUCCUUCGUAACGCUAAUGAAGGCUAGCGAGAAUUGGAAAAUGCGAGAGAGAAGAUGUUUCGGCCGAUAAACUGAAUAGUGAGGAGAAUAGAGCCUCUAUUCUUCUCGCGAAACAUUCUGUUUCUCUCUCGAGUUUUCCCUUAGCGUUUGACAAUCCUUGUUGACAAGUUUUCAUUUUCAUUUCAAGAGAAAGGAGCAGAUGUUACAUCAUAUUAUCUUUACGACGAGAGUUUAGCUGAGACGGCCAUAACUUUGCUACAAUCCUUAUCGAUCUUUAGCUGAAUACUUACAUCUUUGCUCUUUGUUUUGCACUCACGAUUGUUUUUUAAUCUAGGCCCUUGUAAUUGUAACAUUGAACUAUGCCUGUUGAUGUUUUUUAGAAACUACAAAUACUGAUAGCUGUGUGCUAUACUGUGUAUUCUUUACUACUCACAGUGCAAACUCGAGGUAUACACCCUAUUCGAUGGUUUAGCAUAUAAUACGCGCCGAUAUUUUGCGUAGUAUUUUCCAAGCUCAGGGCUGGGGUGAGAAAAAAAUACCAGCGAUGAGCAAAAUGUGUGCGCAUGCGUUUAUUAGAUUUGAGCCACCGAAUAAAGGAUUUAUUGUUCCACUAUUAUGUAAUUUUCUAGUAUUUCGGCUUCUAGUUUUUGAAACAUAUCCUGCAUUAUCCGAAAAUCGUAGGCGCGUGCGAACUGACGAAAACAAAAUACGACCCUUCAGUACAAUACGGGUUCAUAUAUUUUGCUCGUUCUGUUGACCAAAUAGGGUAACAGUGGAAAAUUAUGAGGUUGAUGAGAGAAGAAGCUAUGAGUCAAAUUAAAGGACCUUCUAUCAAUAGAUAGUAACCUACAAUAGUGGGUGUGCUUGUAGCCAAUUAGAGUGGCAGGCUGUUAUCCGGGGUUACUCAAUGAGUUUGGCUGAUAUAAGUGUCCCUGAACGAUUCAAUAAAGCUUUAUUGUUCGUUUCAUUAUAUCGGAAAAUAUCUGUAACGUAGAGUUGCAUUACAACGAUUUUUUAACCUCAGGAGGGAAAAUUAAUUACAGGAAAAAAUUAAGAAUUCGGAAGUAAGAUGUGAUAAUAACCAACUUCGCGCCUAUUUUUUAAGUUUGUUGUAGUAGUAAGACCACUUUCUAAUUAACAUAAUUUCGUAGCAACAAUAAGCUAUUUGUAAAGUGAAAUAAUAAAUGUUAUCGCUGUUU